AUGUUUAUUUUUACGGGUAAACCAUCGGUGGCUACUACUGCAGGUCCUGCUACAUUAAAUUCGACAUUUACAUUUCCUGUUUCGACUGGAUCAAAAUCAUCAAUUACAUCAGGUACUCCAUCGGUAUCUCAAUCCUUUGUAUUCGGUGCUGGAGUACAAAAUACACCAACUGUUAGUACAUCUGGAAAUCCACCAACGUCAACUACUCCUGCUAAUUUCACAUCUACAAGUUUUGGUAGUACAUCUAUAUCUGGUACAAAUCAAGCAGUACCAGCAACACAAUCAACAAACGUCUUGGCCUCAAAUCUAACAACGCCAUCAAAAUUUGGUUCGCUAUUUGCACAAGCAAUAUCUUCAAUUGCAUCGACAAAGCCAACAAUGUCCAGUACUACUAAUACAACUACAACAAACUAUAGUCCAUUCGGAAUAACAACAAAUCCUAGUCCGUUUGGAACAACAACAAAUCCCAGUGCAUUUGGAACAACAACAAACCCUAGUGGAUUCGGAACAACAACAAACCCUAGUGUAUUUGGAACAACAACAAACCCUAGUGGAUUUGGAACAACAACAAAUCCUAGUGGAUUCGGAACAACAACAAACCCUAAUGUAUUUGCAACAACAACAAACCCUAGUGGAUUUGGAACAACAACAAACCCUAGUGGAUUUGGAACAACAACAAAUCCUAGUGGAUUCGGAACAACAACAAACCCUAAUGUAUUUGCAACAACAACAAAUCCUAGUGGAUUUGGAACAACAACAAAUUCUAGUGGAUUUGGAACAACAACAAACCCUAGUGGAUUUGGAACAACAACAAAUCCUAGUGGAUUUGGAACAACAACAAACCCUAGUGGAUUCGGAACAACAACAAACCCUAAUGUAUUUGCAACAACAACAAAUCCUAGUGGAUUUGGAACAACAACAAAUAUCUCUGGUAUUCCACUUUCAACAACAACAUCAAUUACGCCAUUUACAUCAUCGUUUCCUAAUUUUACGUCGAACACAACAAAUAAUCUUGGUUCUCAUGCUAUAUCUCAAGUAGCAAAACAAGACCAAAAUACUGAACAGUCAAUUUCAAUGAUUCAACAGCGGUUUCUUGCGGCAUCACUUCUUGAUCCAUAUGCUACUCGUGGAAAAAAAGAUUUCCCAAAUAUUGAUCAAAUUCAGGUACCUACAGAAACUACUGUAGUUUCAACUUUAUCAACAACAACCAUCACAGAAACAGUAACAACAUCAACAUCAAUACCGAGUACAAUGCCAAUACAAACAAAUUUUCGAAAAGGAUCAUCAUGUCAUUCAUUAGUUGAUGUUAAUUUUAAAUUAAAACCUGUUUCAUCAUCACCAACACUAAAUGAUACUAUAAAACCAUCUGAUCAACAAUCAACAAUACCAACCGGACAAAUGAAAAGUACAUUAAAAGGAAACUUCACUGACGAAGAAGAACUUGUUUUACUUGGUCAAACUAAAAUGUCCAAAUUACGUUUAUCGAAUGCUAUUAUUGAUCCUCCAUACCAAUCUAAUUCUAUUCAUUCACUCUAUCCUGCAAGAAGUCUAGCUGAUCUUGAAAACUUAAUUAAUAAAACAGCAUCACGAUCUUCUCCAACCACAACAGUUUAUAAUCAACGAAUAUCACAUUCAGCAAAUGAAAACCGUGAUAUAUCACCAAAUCGUCAUUCUGAAUCACCUAUUAUUUCUCAAAAAUCAUCAUCACCAAUAAUUCAACGUAAAUCAAAACAAAACUCUCAAAAUUGCCAUUUACCAAUUUUAACUCGUGAUAAUUAUUAUAUGAAACCAACUAUAUCUGAAUUAAAAUCUUUAUUUAAUGAUAAUAGUGAAUGUAUCCUUCCACAUUUUACUGUUGGACAUGAAAAAUAUGGUUCAGUAACAUUCUACGGUCAAAUUAAUGUUUCUGGACUUAAUCUUGAUGAAAUAAUUGAAAUCAACCAUCAUGAAGUUACUGUUUAUCCAGAUGAUAAUAAUAAACCAUUAGUUGGUGAAGAAUUAAAUCUUCCAGCUCGUAUAACAUUACUUGGUGUUUAUCCAAUUGAUCGAAGUACACGUGAAGAAAUAACUGAUAUUAAACGUAUAAAAGCAUUGAAUUAUGAUUAUUAUUUACGUACAAUAACUAAAAAAUUUGAUGGAGAAUUUAUUAAUUAUGGAAUUCAUGAUGGAUCUUGGACAUUUACGGUUAAACAUUUUACACGUUAUGGUCUUGGUGAUAAUCAGAAUGAUUUUGUUGUUAAAUCAAAAAUAAUUGAUCCUAAUCAAUCAAUAAUUGCUUCAAAUUUUAUUGAACUACGACCAAACAAUGUAAAAUGA